AUGGUGGAAGGUGAGUCCGCUUGCUAUGAAUGUCUGUUCCCGAAAGAAGAACAUGCGAAUGAAAGCCUGCGCUGUGCAGAUUCAGGUGUUUUGGCCACCACGCCGAACGUGAUGGCCAGUCUUCAAGCGCAUCAUGCACUUUUAUACUUGGGUUUAAAUGUCACCGCACUCAAACAACGCCUGUUGCUUUGGGAUGGUCUAAAUGGACUGCGUUCUGUUGCCCGUGUUGGGGAAACAGCAGUCAUUGCAGCACGUGCCGGUAUUAAGUACGCCACUGAAAAACCAAGUAAUGCCAAACUGAUGCGUGAAACCUUCGAGUCUCUGGGUUCAACCUAUAUCAAGUUGGGUCAGUUUAUUGCGAGUACACCUUCACUUUUUCCACGUGAAUAUGUUGAAGAGUUUCAAGGCUGUUUAGACCAAACUCCAUCUUUACCGUUUAGUUAUGUACAGGGGGUUUUGGCGUCUGAGUUUGAAGGCCGAAACCUGUCUGAGAUUUUUGCAUCGAUUGAUGAAACACCUUUAGCUUCAGCGUCUAUUGCCCAAGUCCAUGCUGCAAAGCUAGUGACGGGUGAAGAUGUAGUGAUUAAAGUACAAAAGCCGGGUGUAGAAACAAUUCUAUAUACCGACUUAAAUGUUCUGCACUGGGCAACCAAGGUUUUAGAAAAAGCAGUGCCUAAAGUCAAAUUUGCAUCGCUUGCAGACAUUGUGGAAGAAAUCAAAACCCGCAUGGUUCGUGAAGUCGAUUUUAUUGAAGAAGCCAGUAAUCUGGAUGACUUUGUGAACUAUCUCAAUAUCACACAAAACCAUAAAGCCAUGGCACCGAAGGUCUAUCACCAAUAUUCGACUCGCCGUGUGCUGACCAUGCAACGGUUAUAUGGUGUACCAUUAACCGAUUUUAAUGUGGUGAAACAGCGUUGCAAAGAUCCAUCACAAGUCCUGAUUACUGCCAUGAAUACAUGGUUUGGUAGUCUGAUGAUGUGUAAUAGCUUCCAUGCGGACUUACACGCUGGAAACUUGAUGUUGCUUGAUGAUGGUCGUGUCGGUUUUAUUGACUUUGGAAUUGUGGGCCAGUUGAAACCUGAAGUAUGGACAGCUUGUAUCGCCUUUAUGGAUGCCUUACAAAAAACGGAUUAUGCACUCAUGGCGGAAAACAUGCUGAAAAUGGGCAUGACCGCAGUGCAGAUUGAUACUCAGGUGUUGGCCGCAGAUCUUGAGCGUUUAUUUAGUGGUGUGUUGUUGGCAGAUCCGCAAGAAUUGCUGAGUUCAAACCCAGCAGAUUUGAAUGACAUCAUGAUGGAUAUGGUUGCAGUAGGCGAGCGUCACGGUAUUCGCUUCCCGCGUGAUUUUGCCUUGUUAUUUAAACAGAUGCUGUAUUUCGAUCGUUUCAUGCGCAUCCUUGCACCGUAUACCGACAUCUAUGCUGACCAGCGUUUGCAAAUGGUGCAAACUAUGGAUCCAAAU